CUAGUUGAUUUGUUUUUCUAUACUGCCUAAUUCCCAAGUCGUUCGGUAAUUUGAGUUAUUUCAAGCAUUUUUAGACAUGAAAAACUUUCUAGCAAACUGUGAUUCUUUUAUAAACUCUGGUUCCACCGCUGACAAUAUCCUAGGUGUCUCCGAGAUCACAGAACUCAAUUCGCUAUGGAAAAUGCUGGUGGCAGAAUGUCUGGGAACGCUCUUCCUAGUUGUAAUAGGCUGUGGUUCUUGCAUCGCCCUGAAACAGCCAGCUGAAUACGUCAAUUAUGUCCAAGUGGCGUUAGCAUUUGGUUUAACAGUGGCAACAAUGGCACAGGCAAUUGGACACGUCAGUGGUUGCCACAUCAAUCCAGCUAUAACAGUCAGCUUCUUCGUCACAGGAAACAUCAAACUGCUGCGAGCAAUUUUCUUCAUCGUUGUCCAAUGUGUGGGAGCCAUAGGAGGAUCAGCUUUGUUGAAGUUGAUCACCCCCGAAGAGAAAUCCGGCAAUUUGGGACUGACAGUCGUCAGCGAGAACGUCACCCCAGUGCAGGCCAUGCUGAUCGAAGCCCUCUUGACGUUCCUGCUCGUGUUCCUAGUCCAGAGCGUUUGCGACUCACGCCGAGAAGACAUCCAUGGAUCUGCACCGCUAGCCAUCGGCUUGGCUGUGACAGCCGCCCAUUUGACAGGUAUACAAUACACUGGAUCAAGCAUAAACCCUGCAAGGACUUUCGGACCUGCCGUAAUUGGAAAUUCAUGGGAACAUCAUUGGGUUUAUUGGGUAGGACCAAUCCUUGGUGGGAUCGUAGCUGGCCUUGUAUACAAGCUGUUCUUCAGGGUACGCAAAGAAGAAUCCGAAUCAUAUAAUUUUUAGCUAUAAUAAUGUGAGAUUAGUUUGAGGAUCAAUAUAACUUUCGACUCAUGGGCAAACUACAAAGACUCAACGAGUAUUGUGUUGAUCCAAUGAAAAAAUUACACUUAUACCAAAAUGUCAAUGGAAUCAACUUAUUUGCCCAUCAAUCAAUAUUGUUAUCCACGACUAUUACUGUUUAAUUGAAGUUAUUUCUCUCGACUUCCGAUGAAGUGAUUUUGUUUUUAUGUUGUUCGUGUAUGUGUUGUGUUGAAUAACUAGCUUCAAAUAUUUGUAAUACUUAUAGAAAUAUUAACCCGAAUUGAAGAGGAAAUAUACUUAGUAUUGUUAUCA